AUGACGUACCACGGCAACGGAGGCCCGCCUCUUGCCUACUUUGCCAUUUCAAAACCACAAACGGGUGAAGUGCUGGCUGAAAUGGCAUCGUUGCCCCCUUCUUUCGUCCAGCCGUCCGCAUCGACAGCGGAGAAAAACUGCGGCCUGUUUAGCGAGGCAUUUGCAUUCAUAGAGGCGGCGCAAACGAGGAGUUACGAUUUCUUUGGCCGCAACAUGGCGAAAGCAGCGGGUGCGAAGUCUACAGUGGGUGCCGUUGCCGCUCGCGGCGGCAGGGAUCAGGAUGUAGUUGCUAUGAUGGCGUGCGACGCACCGAGCAGCAGCUUCAUGGACUCUGCGGAGUGGGAGGGCGGCGACGUGGAGAGCGACGGCUCUGAUGAGGCUGGCGGCAAUGACGGCGGUGGUGAAGCCGUCGGGAUGAGUGCCGCACCACCCGCAAAGAGGCCCCGGAAUUAG